AUGGAUGCAAGAAGGUUGAUGAAUUGCAAUACAGCUCCCAUAAUUCCACUUGGGCUUGGGGGUAAGGAAAUUGAUCAGGAGAUCUCAAUACCGCUGGUACCAAACCUUACGGAGCUGUCACGUGUCGGGCUUGGCACGAAGCUCUUCUGCGCUGCAAGUUCCGGACCUCACCUUCAAUUGCUUUUUACAGGUCCAAUUCACCACAAACUUCGCGUUGACCUCGCCAGUUCGAAUCUCUACUCAGUCGACGAAAUGGUCACUCCUACAGCUGCCCGCAUGAUGCAGGCCACCCGAGCUCGCAUGUUCAGGCCGACAGCAACUCAACAGUGGGGAUUUGUCUUCCGCGAGAACCGAGUACCCUACUACCAGCGCCUCUUCCAGAAUGGCGAUGGCAAGAGACAAUGGUGGAAGACUUCUCGAAGCGGAUAUUUUCUAUACCCCUACUACGUUAUGCUUUAUGGCAGUGUGUCAUUGUCCUUCUACGGCAUGCUGCGCAUGUUGUUCGGCCACAAGACUAUGUGGUAA